GCCGCACACUCUCCCAAUCCCAAGCUGUGCACGGAAGCGCAUCGCUCGAAAACACACCUUUGACAUCCGUGCCUGUCCGUCCAGCAACGAAGGGCUGCCUCUUUGGCUCCAGCUGUGGUGGCUGCUAGUCUGAACACAACAGCAUAGUACAUCAUGUCCGCGUCCGCGCCGCUCCUGCCCUCUGUGGCGAAGGAGCUCCCCGACACCGCAAGAGACGCCUACGCGGCAGCCACGGAGGACGUGCAGACGCGAUUAACAAGGCGCCUGCCGCCUCUGGUAUUAACGUUGUGUAUUGAAAUGGGAAAUGCGGCCAUCAUCAUGUCCUACAGCGGCGAGCUGCUGCGAUAUCCGCUGCUGGUCGGAUUUAUCCCCGUGAUCUCCGCGCUGGGCGGCAACAUCGGCCUCCAGUCGUCGUCAAUCACGACGCGCGCGCUCUCGCACGGCCUUGCAUCCGCAGAUGAAGCGACAGCAACCAUACGGCACGAGAUGAGCGCCGUCGUGUUUUUGUCGGCGGCGCUGUCCGCGAUGCUCUUCGCCAUCGCGGCGACGUGGCGAUCGAUACAGACCUCGGAACUGGACUUUGGCUUUGGCUUCGUUGUGGCAUUAUCACAACUCGUGUCAGCUAUCAUGGGCGGGUUCUUAGGCGUCCUGACGCCGCUCUUCUACCGGUAUAUGGACAUGGACCCCGCGUCGAAUGCCGGGCCGCUGGAUACCGCGGUCCAGGACGUGCUCGGCAACAGUCUUUUCCUCGCGACCGCGGGGUGGCUCCUUAAUGUGUUUGGCUAUUAG